AUUCUCACCUUCCAUCAAACUUACACGCAUUUACAUGUACAUUUACUUGCACAUAAAUCACCCUCUUUAAAAUAACCAAAAAAGCGAUGCAUCUACACGUGAAACCUCUCACCCUUCACGGAUUAUCAUGUCUUUUUUAGUUCAAAAAGAUUGCUCCUUUUUUACAAUUCACAGUUUCUCUCUUGAUUCCCCUGUUUUUUCAGUGUAAAAAAUGUCACACCCCUCUUCAUUUCCCACCAAUAUUCACUAAAGAAAUGUCAACAAGCUGAUUCACACAUACCCUUUGGCCCCUCCUUGAAUCUUCUUAUUGUUUUGUGCUAAAGUUGUCAUCUUUGUUGAGUUUUGAGUGGUUUUGUUGUAUUUGUGUUUAGUAAGUAGAGGAAUCUAUGGAGUCAAGCUCUGCAGCUUUAGCUGAUCAUACACAUAUCAAAGGAGUGCCUACUCAUGGUGGACGCUAUGUUCAGUACAAUGUGUAUGGUAAUCUCUUUGAAGUUUCUCGUAAAUAUGUUCCUCCCAUCCGCCCUGUCGGUCGCGGCGCUUAUGGUAUAGUUUGUGCUGCUAUGAAUUCUGAUACGCGUGAGGAAGUUGCCAUUAAGAAAAUUGGUAAUGCAUUUGACAAUCGAAUAGAUGCCAAAAGAACACUUCGGGAAAUUAAACUCCUUCGUCAUAUGAAUCAUGAGAAUGUAAUUGCAAUUAAAGACAUCAUAAGGCCUCCACAGAUUCAAAGUUUCAAUGAUGUUUACAUUGUUUAUGAAUUGAUGGACACAGAUCUUCAUCAAAUAAUUCGCUCUAACCAGCAACUUACAGAUGAUCAUUGUCGGUAUUUUCUUUACCAACUAUUGCGAGGUCUGAAGUAUGUUCAUUCUGCAAAUGUCUUGCAUCGUGAUUUAAAGCCGAGCAAUUUGCUUCUCAAUGCAAAUUGUGACCUGAAAAUUGGAGAUUUUGGCCUUGCUAGGACGACUUCUGAAACGGAUUUCAUGACUGAAUAUGUUGUUACUCGCUGGUACCGAGCACCAGAAUUGCUCCUUAAUUGCUCAGAGUACACUGCAGCAAUUGAUAUCUGGUCAGUUGGUUGUAUACUAGGCGAAGUUAUGACCAGACAGCCCCUGUUCCCUGGGAAAGAUUAUGUUCAUCAGCUGAGACUGAUUACAGAGCUCAUAGGUUCACCUGAUGAUGCCAGUCUUGGGUUUCUCAGAAGUGAUAAUGCUCGAAGAUACGUGAGGCAGCUUCCCCAGUAUCCAAAGCAACAAUUCUCUGCUAGAUUUCUUAACAAAUCUCCUGGAGCUUUAGAUUUGCUGGAAAAAAUGCUCAUAUUUGAUCCUCACAGGCGCAUUACAGUCGACGAGGCACUUUGCCACCCAUACUUGGCAGCUCUUCACGACAUCAAUGAGGAACCAGUCUGUCCUCACCCUUUCAGUUUUGACUUCGAGCAGCCAACAUGCAGUGAAGAAAAUAUCAAGGAACUAAUCUGGAAGGAAUCUGUAAAAUUCAAUCCUGACCCGAUUCUCUGAGUAUCAUGCUAUAGUGAUUGUUGUCAAACGAAUACUUACAGAUGUUGCAACGUUAUAUUAUAUUGUUUAGAAACCACUUAAGAACGAUCCUCAAGUAGAAACGAUCAAAUAAAUAGAAUGGAUGUAUUGACGGUUAACCAAAUUGUUCCUGCUACUGAAAUCAAAUUUCAUUUGUCAUU